AUCCCAUCCUCACUCCUGCACCUCGCCACUGCCCGCCCCUCCCCCUCCUCCGCGGCCGUUUCUGGCCCCAGGACAUCUCUGCCGCCUUCGCAGAGCAGCACGCUGAGCCCAGACAUCCGACGACGUGAGAUUUUUUGUCCGUGCGCGGCCCCGCGGAGGCCCGGACCCGUCCCCCGGGGAGGGGGGGUAGCCUUGGGCCCCCCGGACCCGCUCCUGGCGGCCCUCGGGGGCCCCACAGCGGGCCUCCCCGAGCGCCGAUGCAUCGAGGAGGGCGCGCCCCGCAGCUGGAGCCAGAGCCACGUCGGCGGAGCUCUGGGCGCCGAGCGGCGUGCGCAGCAGCGGGGAUGGACCGCUUCCGGGAGAUCGUGCGGGAGCGCGCCGAGGCGGCGGCGGAGGCGCAGCUGGCCGCCGCGGAGCGCUCCGCGCCCGAGUUGGUGCGCCUCGAGGUGGCCGCCGUGGCCGCCGCGGCGCACCGGGCCGCCCACCGCUCCGCGGCGGCCGUGGCCGCGUCGGAGGGGGCGGGCGGCGCCGGCGCGCCCGGCGCCAAGGAGCUGGGCGAGAGCGUGAUGUGGGCCGAGCUGGUCGCCCUCGGCUCCGGGGACCCGGGCGGCUCGGACCCCGAGACGAUCUGGGAGGCCAUCAUGCUGGCCGGCCUGCCGACCGUGGGCGCCGCGGGCACGGCCAUCCUGGUGCUGGGCCUGCUGUCGAGCGUCGGCAUGCAGGCCGCGGUGUGCCACACCCUGGGCGCGGGCCUCGCGAGCUCGGCCGUGCUGCCUCCCGCGGCGGCGGCCUCGGCGGCCGCGCCCGCCGCCGCGGCGGGCAGCGCCGCGGGGGCGGCCGCGCAGGCGGCCGCCGCGUCGGUCGUGGGCGCCGCCCUGGGGACCGCAGCGGACGUGGGCAGCGCCGCCGCCGCGGCCGCCGCGGCGGCCGCGGCGGGCGGCGGCGCGCUGCUCGAGGAGGCCGGCGCGCUGGCCUCGGAGCACCAGCGCCUGGCCGCCGUGAAGGUGGCCGAUCUGACCCUCUCGGACGCCGUCCUGAGCAGCAACCCGGUGGCGGUGGCCGCCGUCGCGCUGCUCAGCACGCGCGUGGCCACGCCGCUGCUGGCCCUGGCCGCGGCGCUGUUCUGGUGCCUCGCCGUCUUCCGCGAGCUGCGGCACCUUUCGGAGUCUGCCGGCGCCCUGGCGGUGCUGCCGAGGCGCGCCACGCAGCUGGUGCGCUCCGGGGACACGCUGGUGCCGACCUCGGCAGCCGCCGUGCUCGGGGCGGCGGUCGGGCCCCCGCAGUCGGGCGGCGUGGUCGGCCGAGGGAUCCACCGGGCGCGUUAA